UCCUUCCCCCUCACCUGUCACUGUAGCUUCCCGCCCACAUAUCUGCUCCAUCUGCAUUCAUCCUCGCUCCCCCUCCCUGCUGUUUCCUCUUCUCAUUUCUGAUCUUGCAUCUCCCAGCUGUCAGCCUCCAUGUUUGUAAAGAUGGAGACUAAUGUUUUCAUCUCCUUGGUGUAUCCCAUUCUGGCCAUAAUGCUCCGUUUGAUGAAUCCAGCUUUUGGUCAUAGUGUACGAAGCCCAGAUCGUGUGUCAGAGGCAGAUAUCCAGCGGCUGCUUCAUGGGGUAAUGGAAGAGUUGGGGAUUGCAAGGCCAAGAGUAGAGUACCCGGCCCACCAGGCAGUGAACAUUGUUGGGCCACAGAACAUUGAAGGGGGUGCCCACGAGGGACUGCAACACUUGGGACCAUAUGGCAACAUACCAAACAUUGUGGCAGAACUAACGGGGGACAACAUUCCGAAAGACUUCCGAGAAGAUCAAGGAUAUCCAAACCCUCCUAAUCCAUGUCCUGUUGGAAAAACAGGUGAAGGCUGCUUGGCGGAUACACCAGACACAGCCCUGUUUAGCAAAGAGUACCAGCUUCACCAAAACCUGUAUGACCCAGAACACAACUAUCCAGGAGUAAGCAAGUGGAAUAAAAAACUACUUUAUGAGAAGAUGAAAGGCACCUCCCAGAGGAAAAAAAGGAUGGUAAAUCCAUACCUACAGGGACAGAGGCUGGACAACGUUGUAGCCAAGAAGUCUGUUCCGCAUUUCUCUGGUGAAGAGGAAGAAUAAGCAAAACCAAAUGAGUGAGCCGUCUUUGCUAUCUGCUGCUCCAGAGCCUCACUGACUGGCAGCAUGUUUAUUAUUUAUAGACCUGUGAAUGGGAAACAGCUGGAUUUAUAACAUUAUGUUGUCAUAGGUAAUAAAAAAUAUAGACUUCUGCUCUCUGUUAAAUUAGAGGAAUGGUAUCUUUUUUCUUGUGCAUUUCUUGUGAUGCUUUCAGGGGAAGUUUAACCAAUUGCUUGCUGCCAAAUUCUGUCAGUGUUAAAAUGUAGUUACCAGUAAGAUCCCAUCUCCUGUGUCUGGCUGCAGAGAUCACUCACUACUUUCCUAAAUUAGUACUGUAAAUUAGUAAUAACUGCAAUAAAAAUUAAAUCCCCCCAA